AUGACAGUAGUGGUUGACCCUUGUGUCAACUGUAGAUACCCACGGUGCUCACGCUGCGCCAUCACAAGGGUGUCGGUACACGUCCGGGCUCCUAUGGGAGAAUACCACCUAACCCAGGCAUCCUCAGUGUCCUCGUAA